AUGGAGACCAUCCAGUGGAUUCCUCUUGUUGGGAUCCAGUGCACUAGCAGUGAUAGGCUGGGGCCUCCUCUCGAUAUACUGCUGGAUUCACUGAACUGCACAGCGUUCAGCGUGCAAUGGAGGAUGCCAAAGCAGCAUGUGAGCACCAUCACAGGAUAUACAGUCUUUUACUCAGAGGUUGAAGAUGACAAAGCAGUGAAACAGCUCUCACACGAUGUUCCCCUGAGUUUGGAUAUGCUUAGCAUGGGUCAGCCUGAAGGACAAGCAAUUUUUGAGGUUGUUAUCGGUGAUCUAAAGCCAGGCACUCCACACCGUGUUAGCGUUGGAGCAUAUGGCUGGGCAGGGAAAGGACGACCCAGCAUGCCCAGAGAUGUGACAACCUUAUCCCAAGAUAAGUGCGUGCCCCCUGCGGCGCCCUAUCAGCCCCAGAUUGUAGUAGUCUCUGAUUCAGAAGUUGCGUUAUCCUGGAAGCCUGGAGUGAGCGAAGGAAGUUCUCCCAUCCAGUACUACACGGUGGAGUUUAUCAGGCCAGACCUUGACAGCAAUUGGACGGUAAUAAGAGAGCAGAUCCAGAUGGAAUCCAUGGUUCUCAAGGGACUUCUCCCAAAUACCAAGUAUCAGUUUGCCGUCCGAGCAGCAAACGCCUAUGGAUCCAGCCCCGCCAGUGCACCAAGCGACAUCAUCCGAACAUUCAGCUCUGAGGAGUUAGGAAGUGGAAGCUAUGGGCAUCGUUAUAUCACAGAGACAGUGACUGGUGAUGAUGAUGGAUUUGAUAUUGAUGACUCAGACUAUGACAUUUACAUAGAAGAGGUAAAUUUCAGGAUUCCGCUUUGGCAUUUCUGUUUUCUUUAUAGUCUCAAUACUUUCAAGUGUCUGAUCUUGACAGGAAGUAUAAUAUCUCGGCCUUCAACCACAGUGAAGGCGACUACGGCUCGGGCAGCAAGGAGAGGCGGCAUGUCUUCUGCAGCACGCCUCUUUGAUCUCUCCUGUGAUGAGGCCAUCUGUUCUGCAGACAGCUUUUGUGUCAAUGACUACGACCGGGGCGGCUCGCGCUGCCACUGCAACUUGGGAAAAGGAGGAGAGACGUGUGCGGAAGAUAUUAUUAUCCAGUAUCCUCAGUUCUCUGGCUACUCAUACAUCACCUUUGAACCACUGAAAAACUCCUAUCAGACAUUUCAAAUUACCCUUGAAUUCAGGGCUGAAUCAGAAGAUGGUUUGCUGCUAUACUGUGGAGAAAAUGAACACGGUCGUGGUGAUUUUAUGUCACUAGCAAUCAUCCGGCGUAGCAUCCAGUUCAGGUUCAACUGUGGCACUGGGGUUGCAGUCAUAACAAGUGAAAACAAAAUCAAGCUGGGGAACUGGCACAGCGUCACGUUGUUCAGAGAUGGGGUGAAUGGCUGGCUCAGGAUGGACAAUGAUGCUCCAAUGACAGGAAAAUCUCAGGGCCAAUAUAGUAAAAUUACGUUCCGGACUCCCUUCUACGUUGGCGGUGCCCCCAGCAUGUACUGGCUGAUCAGAGCCGCAGGCACCAACCGUGGGUUUCAGGGCUGCGUUCAGUCGCUCAGCAUCAAUGGAAAGAUAAUUGAUAUGAGACCCUGGCCAUUAGGAAAAGCUCUCAGUGGUGCUGAUGUCGGUGAGUGUAGCAGUGGCAUAUGUGAUGAGGCAUCCUGCAUCAACAGUGGUACCUGUACUGCGAACAAAGCAGAUUCAUACAUUUGCCUUUGCCCUCUUGGAUUUAAAGGUCAUCACUGCGAAGAAGCACUCACCUUGGCUAUACCUCAGUUCAACGAGUCCUUAAGGUCAUUUGCUAGCACACCCUGGCCCUUGGAACCACAGAAUUACCUUUCGUUCAUGGAGUUUGAGAUGACAUUUCGUCCAGAUUUAGAGACUGGUGUCCUUUUGUACAGCUACGACACAGACAGCAAGGACUUCCUCUCCAUUAACAUGGUGGCUGGUUACGUGGAGUUCAGGUUCGACUGUGGCUCAGGAACGGCUGUUAUCAGGAGUGAAGAACCUGUCAGUCUGGGUCAAUGGCAUGAGUUGCGAGUGUCUCGCACAGCGAAGAAUGGUAUCCUGCAAGUGGACAACCAAAAGCCAGUGGAAGGCACGGCAGAGGGGGCUUUCACACAGAUUAAGUGCAGCUCUGAAAUAUUUAUUGGUGGAGUCCCUAGUUAUGAUUCUGUGAAGAAGAAUUCUGGGAUCCUCAGACCCUUCAGUGGGAGCAUCCAGAAGAUUGUCUUGAAUGACCGGACGAUCGACGUGAAACAGGAUUUCACUUUUGGAAUCAACCUAGCGAAUGCUGCCCACCCCUGUGUGAGCUCACCAUGUGCAAAUGGAGGCACCUGCAUUCCCAGGAAGGACAGCUAUGAAUGUGACUGUCCCCUGGGCUUCGAUGGGCAACAUUGCCAAAAAGCCAUUACAGAAGCAAUUGAAAUUCCACAAUUUAUUGGUCGCAGUUACCUCAUAUAUGAUAAUCCAGAUAUCCUGAAAAGGGUAUCAGGAUCAAGAACGAAUGUGUUCAUGAGGUUUAAAACCACAAUGAAGGAAGGUCUUUUGAUGUGGAGGGGAGACAGUCCCAUGCGACCUAACAGCGAUUUCAUUUCUCUAGGCCUUCAAGAAGGAGCAUUAAUAUUCAGCUACAAUUUGGGCAGUGGCAUUGCUUCCAUCAUGGUGAAUGGCUCUUUCAGCGAUGGCCGGUGGCACAGAGUCAAGGCUGUUCGGGAUGGACAGUCUGGCAAAGUAACCGUGGACGAUUACGGUGCCAGGACUGGUAAAUCCCCUGGGAAGAUGAGGCAGUUAAACAUCAAUGGAGAUCUCUAUGUAGGUGGCAUGAAGGAAAUAGCCCUGCACACGAACAGGCAGUACAUGCGGGGGAGCCCCACUGUGCAGCGGGGCGCCCCGUGGCUCGCCACGUGCCAGCAGUGGGAGAAGCACAAACUUCCUCAGCGGCACAGGCUCCUCUGA